ACGGAUGUGAGGGCCGCCAUCCGUACUAGACGGUCUCAUGAUUGCAACCCCGCGAGCCGGGCCGCUCCCUCAGGCUCCGCACAUGGAGUCGAGGCCAGAUCAUAAAAUGUGAGGGCCAUGGCCAUUGCCCAUUGGUGGCAGCUUGCAAUUAUCCUACUUCUUUGCAUCAACGCGGCCCCGAAAUACCAAGGGCCCACUCAGCAGGAAGGGAGUGACCUCAUCCACUAUACCGUGACCCGGAACAACCGCCUCCGGCCGACUUCCCAAGUCCCUCUCACCGAGAGACCACGACAACAAUGGCGAACAACCAGGUCAUCCAGCAAUGGCACGUGAGCGAGCCGUACCUGGAAACGCACUGCUCGCUCGGCGAGGGGCCCUACUAUGAGCCGGCCACCAACACGGUGCGCUUCGUCGACAUCAAGAAGAAGCAGCUCCACACGGUUUCGCUCACCGAAGGCCCCUCGUCGCUCAAGACGCUCCAGUUCGACGAGUCCGUCACCGUCACGGCCGACAUCGAGGGCCGGGACCCGCAGGACACGCUCCUGGUCGGGGCGAAGCAGGGCCUGGCGGUGCUGGAUAGGAAGACGGGGAGGUACGAGUACGUGAGCAGGUUUGACGAGGAGAAGGGCGAGCGAAUCCGCACCAACGAUGGCGCGGUGGAUCCGAACGGCCGGUUCUGGCUCGGGACCAUGACGGACUUUGGACUGGGCCCUUUCCAGCCCGAGGGCUCCCUCUACCGUUUCGCCCGCGCCACCCCGCCGACGCGCGCCCGUGCCGGGCUCACCAUCCCCAAUUCGAUCGGCUUCUCGCCGGACGGCCGCACCAUGUACUUUACGCACUCGACGGCCCGCGAGGUGCUGGCGUGGGACUACGACGCCGCCUCGGGAGGCAGCCUGUCCAACGAGCGUGUCUUCUACCGCCACGACGGGCCCGGCGAGCCCGACGGCUUCCGCGUCGACACCGCCGGCAACCUGUGGCACGCCGUAUACGGCGAGGCGCGCGUGCUCCAGAUCUCGCCCGCCGGGCAGCUGAUUGGCCAGGUGAACAUCCCCACGCGGAACCCGACUUGCUGCGACCUGGUUGGCGGUGGAGAGCUGGUCAUUACUACGGCGGACGACGCCGAGGGAGAGGGAGAGAGUCAGCGGUUGGGUGGGGCGGUGUUCCGGGUGGCGGUCGGCGCCGAGGGGGCGAAGAGGUUUGCGUUUAGGAUGUAGGCGAGGGAGUCAUUGGCGGGGUGGGGGUUGGCGAAGGUGGGUGGACAUGGCGGAACAGUUGCGCGGUAACUGAAAUGGCGAGGCGGAGGCGGUGGCGGAUUCUAGAUGGGGUGGUCAUAGACU